AUGUUGGCCUUAUGGUUGACAUAUGGUGUUUUUGGGCUUUUUCUCUUUUAUAGCAGUUUCUACAUUGAGUUGGUUCUCCAUGCAUCGCCACUGCUUACGGCUGCCUGGUACGUGCCCCUGGCUGCUGGAGGGGUAACAAUCGGGCUCCUGGGAGGUUUCACUCUCCACUUACUCCCCGGAAGGCUUCUUCUGAUCAUUUCAGGUUGUGGAAGUAUUGUGUGUGUUCUACUUUUUGCCAUUAUGCCUGAAGAUCCAAGCUACUGGGCAUACGUCUUUCCGUCAAUGGUCUGUGCAACAAUUGGCAUCGACAUUGCUUUCACCGUCAGCAAUGUAUAUAUAACAACGUCUCUACCUCAACACCAUCAAGGGUUUGCUGGUGCUCUCAUCAACAGUCUACUGUUUCUUGGAAUCAGCUUCUGGUUGGGCAUGGCGGACAUAGCUGUCCAUCAAACAAGCGACUCCGGGCUCAGGUCCAGUUAUAAAUCGGCGUUUUGGGUUGGAGUAGGAGCAGCAAGUGCCGCAGCCAGUCUUUUUUCCACUGUCAGAAUUGGGUCAGCUAGUAGUGACUUGACGGUGGAAGAGAAACGGCAGCGGGAAGCAGCGGGCCAAACAACUUUGGAGGAUCAUCACCGUUAA